CGUCGUGUGAUCUGUAUUCAUCCUGUCGCAGGUAGUUUUAGGCCGGUGCCUGAGCCGCCCUCAGGAGUGCCCUGCCUGGGGGUCACGGGAGGGCGCCGCGCUCACGAAGGCGACCAGCAAAACAAUACAAACCAUCAAUGUAUUUUUUCACUGGAUUGAUGGGAUGGUUACCUUACUUUAGAGGGUGCAAUGAUUAGUGGAAUGGCGAUUUAAGGAGAAAAUACUUUGCUGGUACUAAAGUGAGGCUGUUUCUGUGAAUACUCGAGGAAGAUAUUUCUGGUGGCGGCGGCAACGCAGCACACAGUCAAGAUGGCCGCAUGUCUCCAGCAGGACGGAGACUCGAGUGAUCCCGAGAACUCUGGCCCUUCCUCCCUCGCACAGGCCUUGAAGCAUCAGUCCGGUGGCAUCCAAGGAGGCGUCUUAAACUCCAGCGACACGUCCGAGGCCAUCAAGCUGAAGGGUGACAAGGCUUAUGAAGAAGUGCUAAAGUAUCAAGAAGAUGAACUCAGAAACUUUCUGGAAGAAGUCACUCAUGCUGGGAAAACAAAAGAUAAAAAUUCUCUUUCUCCUCAUGCUCUGGCAUUGCUCCUGAAAGAACAAGAUGCUCUCACGGAAGAAUCAAGCUCCGGUGAUGAUACCAGAGAUCUCAUUCAGAGGAGUAGAAACAAGAAAUUUUUACCACGCAGACACCAGUCAAGUGGGGACCAACAAUCUGCUGCAGCAUGCACCAGCACAGGAGGAUCUCUGGGCUCUCUUCAUGACCUCUCAGAAACAAAACAACCCAAGAAAGUUGCAGGACCCAACCAAGGUGUUGCAUCUCGCUGCCGAGAGGGGGGAUCUUGUGGCAACCUUUCAAGAGGUUCAUUUGAGACACAACCUCCAAGAAAGAAGAAAGGCAGGCGGUGCAGAGAUGCAGCCCGGGCCAGUGCUAGCCAACGAGAGGGGGGAUCUUUACAAAAUUUGAGCAAAACUGAGGCUGCAUCUAAUGAAUCAAAGAAGCUACACAAAUCUGGCAGUCUAAGUCAGGUGUGCUCUGAGGUGGCCAGUGGUGCUCGGAGUAAGAAUCGUCGGCAGAAAACUGCAAGUGAGAGCUCCAGCAGCAAGUACCCACGACGCCUGGAAGAUCGAGAAGGCGUUGAUGACAGCUCAGAGGAUGAGGAUAACUGUGGGCAUCCUAAACUUCAAGUGCCCCCUGGUGCAGAGGGUGUUUUUCCUCCAGAGGGUGUAGGUGGGGCCUCUGGGGGACAUUGCCCGGACUCAAGCCAUGCAGACGAUUAUAUGUCGGAUGUUGCCUCCGAGGGAGAAUCAACAGAUGAAGAAAUUGAUGCCAGGCCAUUUUCUGGAAGAAAAUGUUCAGGUGUAACCAUAGAAGAAACAGGAAUAGAACUUCAGCCUGUAAAGUGCCAUAGAUCUGAAUCUGAAGAGGUAGACAAAGGGAUAAACUUCAGCCUUUCAAGACCCCAGGGGGAUGCCAUGCUGGGUUCUGGCCAUCGAACAUUGUUGCUUCAAAACUCUCAGUCAGUAACAUCUGUCUUCAAGGACGAAAAAUCCUCCAGCAAAUGCACAGAAGAAGAAAACACAGGGAAACGGAAAUUGUUGGGCAACAAAAGUGACAUGGGGAGCUGUGAGAAUAAAGCUGCUCUUGAUGAAAAUGGGAAUCCUGUGAUGUCAACAUCAGGCGGAUCAGGAAAUCCUGCAGUUUUGGCAGGGGAUCGUCCCAGCACAGUGAUGCAGACCACUUCACGGAAGAAUGUAAUCAACACCUCCCUGAAAGAUGCCAGCCGCUUUGAUCGAGUGAAAGCUAGGAAUGACAAGAAAAAGGUGAGCUUCUGUGGGGAUCAGGACCUCAAUGACAUCUUAAAAUUCCUUGGAGCUGAUGUUGACAACACAAAUGUGAAAAAUAGAAAGAAACACAAAGGAAAGAAAGAUGAUGGCAAAGAUGAUAAAGAUGGUAACAUGAAAAAGAAGUGUAAGAGUUAUGACAAGACAAGUGAGGAAAGUGUAGAGAAAGUGAACAAGAGUGAGGAUGGUAUGGGGCUGAACGCUAUGCUGUCACCACCACAAGUGCCCCACAUAGUGAAGAUUCUGGGUCAGAUGGGGAUGACUCGGUCAUCCUUGGUGGCGGGAGGCUCUCCUGGCGGCGAGGCCCCUCGCUGCCAAGGCCGUACAGUGUCCGUGGCAUGA